GCAGGGGCGACAGCGGAAAAGACUCGAAACCUUGCUUUGGCCUUGUGUUCCGCGGUGUGGGAUGUCCCGUAGGAGCGAAUGAGGGAAUACUGGGGUCUGUGGGUUUGAGGCCUUGCCUCUUAUCUAUCAGCAUAAUUGGGCGAAGAAACACUUGCGAGCGCGGGAGGGAGGAAGCUCAACCCUCAAAGAAAGCGAGCGGACAGUCAGCUGUGGGGCAGAACUGGACUGUGUGGAGGGUCCCUAGAGGCCGAUCCUGGUCGGCGCCUCACUCCUCCAAGGUAUGGUUCAGGCAGAGCUCAGGGCGAUCCUCAGGUGAGGACAGCAGCUCCGCCCGGGAGUUCCACCACAGAGGAACCGGGUCGAUGCAGAGUGGGGAAGAAAAGAUGUCCGCACAGCUCCCUGGUAGCACCCUGACUGGCCGCAGUUGCGGCAGCAGCAGAAGCAGAAAGCUCAGCGCGCACCGAGGAGGCAGCUUGAGCCGCUGGUAGAGUCGCCCAACAGCUCUUUCUCCGUAGCGCAGGGCUCUCUAGUACAAUCUCCGUCGCGCUCUUUUUUCUUACGGAUUUAUGCGAAAACAUGCCUUGCACUUGUACCUGGAGGAACUGGAGGCAGUGGAUUCGACCUUUAGCGGUGGUUAUCUACCUGGUGUCCAUAGUUGUUGCGGUUCCCCUGUGCGUGUGGGAAUUACAGAAACUGGAGGUUGGGAUACACACUAAGGCUUGGUUUAUUGCUGGAAUCUUUUUGCUAUUGACUAUACCUAUAUCUCUGUGGGUGAUAUUGCAACACUUAGUGCAUUAUACACAACCUGAACUACAAAAACCAAUAAUAAGGAUUCUUUGGAUGGUACCCAUAUACAGUUUAGAUAGUUGGAUAGCUUUGAAAUAUCCCAGCAUUGCAAUAUAUGUGGAUACUUGCAGAGAAUGCUAUGAAGCUUAUGUCAUUUACAACUUUAUGGGAUUCCUUACCAAUUAUCUAACUACCCGGUAUCCAAAUCUGGUAUUAAUCCUUGAAGCCAAAGAUCAACAGAAACAUUUCCCUCCUUUAUGUUGCUGUCCGCCAUGGCCUAUGGGAGAAGUAUUGCUGUUUAGAUGCAAACUGGGUGUAUUGCAGUAUACAGUUGUCAGACCAUUCACCACCAUCGUUGCUUUAAUCUGUGAGCUGCUUGGUAUAUAUGAUGAAGGAAACUUUAGCUUUUCAAAUGCUUGGACUUACUUGGUUAUAAUAAACAAUAUGUCACAAUUGUUUGCCAUGUAUUGUCUCCUGCUAUUUUAUAAAGUACUAAAGGAAGAACUGAGUCCAAUCCAACCUGUUGGCAAAUUUCUGUGUGUAAAGCUGGUAGUCUUUGUUUCUUUUUGGCAAGCAGUAGUUAUUGCUUUGUUGGUAAAAGUUGGCGUUAUCUCUGAAAAGCAUACAUGGGAAUGGCAAACUGUAGAAGCUGUGGCUACAGGACUUCAGGACUUUAUCAUCUGUAUUGAGAUGUUCCUUGCUGCUAUUGCUCAUCACUACACUUUCUCAUAUAAACCAUACGUCCAAGAAGCAGAAGAAGGCUCAUGCUUUGAUUCUUUUCUUGCCAUGUGGGAUGUUUCAGAUAUUAGAGAUGAUAUUUCUGAACAAGUAAGACAUGUUGGAAGGACAGUCAUGGGACAUCCUAGGAAAAAAUUUUUUCCUGAGGAUCAAGAUCAGAAUGAACAUACAAGCUUAUUAUCGUCGUCAUCACAAGAUGCAAUUUCCGUUGCUUCUUCUAUGCCACCUUCACCCAUGGGUCACUACCAAGGGUUUGGACACACUGUGACCCCCCAGACUACACCUACUGCAGCUACGAUACCUGAUGAAAUGUUUAAUGACACUACAGGAGAGAAAAAAGAACUCUCAGAUAAAUUUGUGGCCUCUUGAACAAUGUGUACAAGCAAACUGUGCUACUACCAUGCUAUUUCAUUACCUGGUAUCCCAUUGCUCAGGAUUUUGUGCUUGGGACAAGCCAUAAAUGAUGGAAAAUUUCAGCAUGAAGAUAGGUGAAAGCCAGGUACAACUACUGAACUUACAUAAUUAUGUUUUGUGUAUCAGUCUAAAUUUCCUAGACUUAGACUUGAUUUCUUGACAACAGAUAUUACAUACUCACAUGGUAGACAAUAACUCCAACUAAAUGUUCCUGAUGUUACACUGCUUUAUCAUGGGGAUGGACAGAAAAGUCUCAAUGCUUUCUACCACUGCUGCAUGAAUAUAACGCUUUGGAAUUAGCAGAAGGCUAAUUCAGAAACAUGAAUUAGUGGAACUUAAUCAUAAUCAUGUGCCAUAAAAGCUAACAAUUAUUUCUCUAUUUCUCAACUGGAUGUCUUUCAAUAAAUAAGAAUUUAUCAUUUAUUUUCUGUAACCUUUUAUGUCUCUCAUUCUUUAAAACAAAAACCCUUAAUGUUUUAACCAAAAUUUCUUGAUUAGAGGCACAGGAAAAAGAAGUUAAAAAGGGGGGAGAAGGAUUUAAAAGUUAUAUAACUAUGAUAAAAUUCACCAUAUCUUAUAUUCAUUCCUAUUAGGAGAAAUAUCUAGGCGCUAACACCUAAGCACCUAAAAAUCAUAUUUGCAACACUGCUAAUAAGACUAAUAGAUUAUCCAUAGCUUUGAGAUGAAAAG